AUGAAAAUGAGUCAUACUUUAGAAUAUCGCUAUCCGUAAAAAUUUCGUGAACCUAUAAAAUGGCCAAAAACCAAUUAAUUAAUAAACAUUCAAAAAACUACCGUACAACAGCAAGGAAUAAAACAAAUCAAUAGAGAAAGGCGCAAUGAAAUAUGUGCUGUGUAUUUUAGUGGCAUGCACCACUUUCGAUUUACUGAGCGCCGCUUCCAAUUCAGUGAACAUUUGCAGUGGCGUCAGUGAUAACGUGUUCUUGCCAUAUCUCGGCGAUUGUUCCAAAUACUAUGUAUGCAUUGGCGGUGCACCAAUCGAGCGUAAAUGUGACUAUGACUUCUAUUUCGACGCCAAGGAGCAAAGCUGUACUUAUCAGAAUGUGGCGAAGUGUCUGCCCACCUGCACCAAUGCGCUAUCAUCCUUCUGCUACGAUCGCACCUGCACCAAAUAUGUGCUCUGCUAUGCUGGCACAGCAAUUAUACGCGAAUGCCGCGAUGGUUUGCAGUACAAUGCCGAAACAGAUCGUUGUGAUUUUCCACAAUAUGUAGAUUGUGUGGAUAAUAUGUGCACAUUAUUCAAUGAUCCGAAAAAUAUUACAUUCAUCAAAAGCCAAGCGUCCUGUGAGAAAUACUACAUUUGCAUGGAUGGCAACGCUUACCCAUUGACUUGUUCUAAUGGCCUACAAUUCAACAAGGACUGUGAUUGCUGUGAUUUCGUGGAGAAUGUUCAUUGUAAUAUAACUGCGUCGACGCGCAACAUCCUGUCGUAUUCGAAGGUGCCACCCAGACGCGCUGAUAUUGACUGCCCUGCUGAUGGUGCCAAUUUUAUUGCACAUCCGGAUCCAGCCAAAUACUACUACUGCUUGAAUGGCAUGGGUGUUGUGCUUGAGUGUACGCCUGGGCUACUUUACGAUGCUGAGUUCGAAGAGUGCCGUACACCAGAAAAAAUUUCACGUAAAUCUUAAAAUUAUAAACUUAAAAUAUUUUUUUCUUUAAAAAUAAUGAUUUAAAAUAUUUGCGUAAAGUAUUUAAAAGUAUAAAAUUGAAUUCCUCAAAUAAUUUUCAUUUCACUUAA